AUUAGUGACCAAACAUCUCCUUGGAAAUCCUCACAUGGCCAUACCCGCCCCCGUUAUUUUUCUAAUUAUUAUUUUCUUAAAUAAAUAUAAAUACUUAAAUUAAAUACAAAAACCAAGUACAAAUACUGUCACAGGAAGCGGAUUUCAGACUCUCUUUUCCCUAUCCCCCGUUUCGAUUGCCAAAAAAUUGAAAUUAGCUUCUUCUCUUUUAAAUGUAUAGCUUUUUUAUUUUGUUCUUCUUGAUUUGAUUCAUAAACAGUGACUUGGGAGAAAGGGUGGAAGCAGGUUAGGGUUUUUGGGAUUGUUGAGAAGGAGAUUAGCAGCGUGGUUUCCAGGUGAUGGGCGAUGAGAAAUCGAUGAUCGUGAUGGCGAGUAGGGAUAGAGAGAGUAGAGAUCGGGAGCUUCUGAUCCCGGUCGCUGACGCCGUCCACGAUGAUUCCUCCAAACCUUCUCCUUCCUCUUCUUCCCAUCACGCCGGCCGCGAGACCUUUUACAAAGUUUUCCGGAGCUGGGCUUCAAAGAAGUUCAUGACGGGAUGUGUCAUUUUGUUUCCUAUAGCAAUCACUUUCUACAUAACGUGGUGGUUCAUUCACUUUGUGGAUGGCUUUUUCUCUCCAAUUUAUGCUCAACUUGGCAUUGAAAUAUUUGGUCUUGGAUUUGUAACUUCUAUAACAUUCAUCUUCUUGGUUGGGGUAUUCAUGUCAUCAUGGUUGGGAGCAUCUGUCCUAGGCCUUGGUGAGUGGUUUAUCAAGCGGAUGCCAUUUGUUCGUCAUAUCUACAACGCCUCCAAGCAGAUUAGUUCUGCUAUAUCACCAGAUCAGAACACACAGGCAUUCAAGGAAGUAGCCAUCAUAAGGCAUCCACGAAUUGGUGAAUAUGCAUUUGGGUUCAUUACUUCAUCUGUUACUCUACAGAGCUACACUGGUGAAGAAGAGCUAUGCUGUGUCUAUGUUCCCACGAAUCAUCUUUACAUCGGUGAUAUAUUCCUCAUCAAUACAAAUGAUGUUAUCAGACCAAAUCUAUCAGUCCGUGAAGGAAUCGAAAUUGUUGUGUCAGGGGGGAUGUCGAUGCCUCAGAUACUGUCAACACUAGAUUCACGUUUGCCGCUGGAAAGAAGUAGAUCUAACAGAAGCUGAUCGUUGCUUGUUUACGUAGAACAGUGUUUUGGUUUGAAAUAUAGAUUGGUGAAAAUUACGGGGCAGGUAGGCAGGGGUUUUUUCUUUGGUGUUGGAUUGUGUUUAUUUGAACCAAUUAGAUUGACAAUGUUAUUGUAUCUGAAUAUAUGGUCUAGUCUCCCUAUAUAAUAAUAUAUAUAGCCUGAUCUUCAUUCUUCA